AUGCUUUUCCAGUGGGUCUUCGUAUCGCUCUCGUUUCUCGCCUACGUCGCGGCGUUGGUUACGCCUCUGAGCGAUUGGGCUAAGCUGAUUAAAUUGGGGCCCAAUGCGCCGUAUCACAAGGCUCCAGCGCCCCGAGGGGUCAAGCAGAACUUGCCGUCCGAUUGUAAGGUCAAGCAAGUUGUGUAUCUGAGUCGACAUGGUAGUAGAUAUCCCGGGUUCGAGGGGACUUAUGUUAGCGCCAUGGCGCAGACGGUGACUACCGCUCAACCGGUCAUUGCGAGUGCCAGGCUACCGAGGGAGUUGAGGUUUCUCAAGACAUACACUUCGACUCUGGGAUCGGAAGACCUCGUUGACAAAGGAAGGCAGGAAAUGGUUCACCAUGGCAAAGAAUUCCGCAAGAGAUAUCCUCACUUCAGCUUCGAGCAUUUUGUGACGUCAGGCUCAUCUAGAGUCAUCGAGUCGGCGACUUACUUUGGUAAAGGCUACUUCGGGCACAACUGGAACGAUCCUUCUAUGAUUUCCCCCAUUCCAAGUAACCCCGCUACACUCUCACACCUCACGCCUUUUCAAGUUUGUCCAAAUCACAGUUUCUCCGUCAGCGACUCAAUUAAGGGAGCUUGGCAGAACAUUUUCAUGCCUGCCAUUACAGCACGUAUCAAUGCUGCAGUGCCUGGGCUGAACUUCGCAGAUAUCGAUACUCUGGGUGGCUUCUAUGCCUGUGCUUUUGACUAUGCUGCUCAUGGUGAAUCACCGUGGUGUGGUGCCUUCACAAAACAAGAGAUUGAUCAAUUCGAGUACUACGCAGACCUCGAUGUUUCCGCAUCUUGGGGUUUAAUGCACCCUCAGAAUAUGGCCCGCGUCAUGGGCUCAGUAUAUACCAAGAAGUUGAUUCAACGUCUUUCUACCAACGAGGAGAACGUCGCUUAUGUCGAGCUGGGCCAUGACGCGACCAUUGCUGUCGCAAUGACCGCAAUGGGAUUGGCUACGGAUGAUCCUCUCCUCCCCACUACACACAUCGUACCAGAAAGGAAGAUGAGGAGUUCCAACCAAGUACCUUUUGGAGGUCAAAUGGUUUUCGAGAAGUUCACUUGUUCGAGAUCAUUCGAAGGGCCGCAAGUCCGACUAAUUCUGAACGAAGCGACGUACCCUUUGACUCCUUGCAUUCAGUCUCCACGAGAUGCUAAGUAUGGGACUUGUUCACUUUCGAAUUUCAUACAGUCCAACCAAUUCAGCAUGUCAAUCGAGUUUGGCGACGCACAGUGGGCGGCCUCAUGCGGAGUACCAGCUUGA